AUGACGGUUGCUGCUGAGCGUCUGGGCGUGCUGUGUGCCAGGAUUGGCCUCUGCAGCAGAAAUGAGGCUGCAAAGUACGCCAGGCUUGGACAAAUCCUGGUGGAUGGCCAGCCAGCGAAGAGUGCGGCCGCGCUGGUUCCUGGCACAGCGAACAUCCAGCUUACCCCUCGAGCACAGCGCAUGCAGGAUGACAAGGUGACCAUUCUGCUGCACAAGCCUGCCCACUACGCCUCCUGCCGUGCAGGGAAAGGCGUACCAUUGGCAAGGAAGCUCUUGGUGCCUGAAAACCGGGCACCGAGCUGCCGAACUCGACAUGACCCGCGCCAGCUGAGCAAGCUGGAUGCCACGGAUGUGCUCGACGAGGCCACGAGUGGGGUCCUCCUCUUUUCGCAGGACGGUCGAGUGUCAACGACCGUUGCCCGAGAUCCCCUGGUUGAGAAGGAGUACGACAUCCUUACCAAUGGCGAGGUGACGUCUGGACAGCUCUCCGCACUUCAGCUGAACCUGGGAACCCUCUGCUCGCAGGACGCUCGCGUGAGAGAGGUUCCUGGCUAUGUCCCACGCGCCGAGAAGGCGCGGCUGUUGCAGGCGGACCCCGCAGCUGUCGUCGAGGAGGCCAAGCCGAGCGCGUCCUCACGCAUUCAGGUGGUCUUCUGUGGGACCCUGACGUCAUCUGAUCUGCGACAGAUGUGUUCGCAAGCGGGGAUGCUGCUCUUCCGGGUCUCUCGCGUCAGAGUCGGUGGCAUCAGCUUGGCCAAGCUGGUGCCGGGGCAGUGGACCGUGGUUCCAGGUGUAGAACCGCUCCUCCGCGAACGAAGCCAUUUCCCCGCAGCCGAGGAGAAAAGACCCUCGCGGCGCACUCUGCGCAGCAUGCACGAGUGA